AGUGGGUCAGAGCUCUGAAGCCGGCGGGCACCUCAAGCGUCUCUCGAUUGCCGGGUCGAUGAAUUGCACGAAGCUCGCAGCAUUCAUUGUCAACGCGAAUUGACUGCGACGCCGCCCAUCACCACCAGCCACCAUGGCCUCUCUGCCGACCGCCGUGCGGUCGACGGCGCCCAAGAUUGCGCGGAGCGCGCUGCAGCAACGAGCCAUUCACUCUGACGUCCACAUCACGCGCACCGGCAAGCCUCUCAUCCGCGUCACCGGCGGCCGUUCUUCCCUCGGAGAGCAUACCGCUACCGUCUUUGGUGCCACCGGCCAGCUCGGCCGUUACAUCGUCAACCGGCUAGCGAGACAAGGAUGCACUGUCGUCGUGCCGUACCGCGAGGAGAUGGCCAAGCGCCAUCUCAAGCUCACUGGCGAUCUCGGCCGUGUGGUGUUCAUGGAAUACGACCUCCGCAACACCCAAUCGAUUGAGGAGAGUGUCAGGCAUUCCGACGUCGUCUACAACUUGGUCGGCCGCAACUAUCCUACGAAGAAUUUCUCCCUUGCAGAUGUGCACAUUGAGGGUACCGAGCGGAUUGUGGAGGCUGUUGCGAAGUACGAUGUUGACCGGUACAUCCACGUCUCGUCGUACAACGCCAACCCCGAAUCGACUUCCGAGUUUUUCGCGACCAAGGGCUAUGGCGAGAAGGUGGCGCGGGAGAUCUUCCCCGAAACCACCAUUGUCAGGCCGGCCCCUAUGUUCGGUUUUGAGGACAACCUGCUGCUGAAGCUCGCCAGCGUGACCAACCUCUUUACAGCAAACAACAUGCAGGAGAGGUACUGGCCAGUGCACGUUAUCGAUGUUGGCGAGGCGCUGGAGAAGAUGCUGUUUGACGACAACACGGCAGCGCAAACCUUUGAGCUGUACGGCCCCAAGAACUAUUCGACAGCUGAGAUUGCCGAGCUGGUCGACCGGGAGAUCUACAAGAAGCGCAGGCACAUCAACGUGCCCAAGUGGCUGCUGAAGCCCACUGCCGGGUUGCUCAACCGCCUUCUCUGGUGGGACAUCAUGUCCGCGGACGAGGUGGAGCGCGAGUUCCAUGAUCAGGUCAUUGACGAGUCGGCCAAGACGUUCAAGGACCUAGGCAUGGAGCCCAGCGACAUCAGCAAGUGGACUUAUCAUUAUCUGAAGGGUUUCCGUUCGUCGACAUACUACGACCUGCCACCUGCUACCGAGAAGGAGAUGAGGGAAGAAAAGAAGUACAUCCACGUGCUGGACGACCAGUAGAGGGGGUUGGGUGUUUUAAGGCAACAAAACAGGACACUGUAGAGUGUACAUACAGCUUAGCUAAACAUUAUUCCCUCGAGUCUACCACCGAGGACAAUGUUCGGGAUGUGAUUUUGUGUUAUGCUAGGCUUCUUGCUGCUCGGGGCCA